AUGUUUGACUACAGGUGGCACUGUUUUCUGAAGGAAGUACUCAUGUCCCCGUCUAACCAAGUUGGCAAGAUUUUGGAUUUCUUUUAUCGCAUUGAGUUCCAGCAGCGUGGGUCCCCCCAUGUUCAUGCGCUGUUUUGGAUUGAGGGAGCUCCCCAGUUUUAUAAAAACACAGAUUUAGAAGUCGCACAAUUUAUCGAUCAAUAUGUGACAUGUGAGCUACCCUCUGCCGAUGACACAUUAUCGGAAGUUGUGUCAUCGGUUCAACUGCAUUCGAAACGGCAUUCAAAGUCGUGUCGUAAAAAUAACACCAAAUGCCGUUUCAAUUUUCCCAAACCCAUCUCUGCACGCACAUUCAUCUGCAAAAUCCCAGAAUGUGUUUGUCCUAAAAAGGCAACGGGGACAGAGAGUGAGUGCCUUCCAGAAAACCGGCCAAAGUGCACCUGUUUGGAUAAGGACAAGAAGAUGCGAAAGGAGGUUGCGCAGAUGAUUAUGGAGAAAGUCAUGGACGCCAUGGAGAGGGAGGAGCCCUUUGGUAGCGUAGAAGAGUUGUUUGCCAGUGUGGGCAUCAACCAGGACGUCUUUGAGCUCGCGUAUUGGCGGCUGGAGACUAAGAAUAAGGUGGUUUAUAGGCGAGGGGUAAACGACACCUGGGUUAACCAGUACAAUAAGAAGCUAUUGAAGUGUUGGAACGCUAACAUGGACAUUAGCUUUGUCACUGACGCCUACGCAGUCAUCAUCUACAUAAUCAAGUACAUCACAAAAGCAGAGAAUGAAAUUGGUCUGUUAUUGAGCAAUGCCCUUAAAGAAGCCAAUAAGCUAGGAAAUCUCUCUGCUAAAGAGGCUUUAAAGAAACUGGGCAGUGUAUAUUUACACAACAGAGAUGUCUGCGCUCAGGAGGCAGUAUAUAGGCUAAUGAGCAUGCAUUUGAAAGAAUGUUCCAGGAAGGUGGUGUUUAUUCCAACAGGGAAUAACAUUGUGCGGAUGAGCUUACCCCUCAGCGUGUUGUUGCAAAGGGCUUCCUCAGAGGGUCUCAGGUCCGAAAACAUGUGGAUGAUGAGUGUUGUCGAGAGGUACCAGAACAGGCCCGACGGUGUCGUAUUUGCCGAUAUGUGCAUAGCCACGUUUUGUUCGGAGUAUCGUGUUCUCAGCCAGAAUGAAGACUCUGACAAAAAAAUUGCACUUCAAGGGGGUUUAGGGUUCAUCUUGCGGAGAACACGAACUCAGUUUGCCGUCGUCCGCUACAUGCGCUUUAAAUUAGACAAACAGGAGGAAGCCCACUUUCAGAGUUUGCUGCAGUUGUUCCUUCCUUAUAGAACUGAUUGUGAACUCAAGCCGGAAGGCUUUGACUUCUACAAACAGUUCCACGACGAAGGUAAUGUGACGUUGGCUGGCGGGACCGCACGGCCGGUGCGAGACGUCGUCGAUGACAACAGGGCAAAGUUUGAAGUGGACUGA